CUCGGCCAAGAGUUCGCAAAAACUUAUUCCAACGCCAAUAUUUGCUGAACACAACACGAGUGCGCGACCGUGCCGCGUAAGGCCGCUACGUAACGUCAAUUUAACGCAGUGGCUAUUGAUGAGUUGACUAAAUUUGAAAAAUUAAUUGUAGCAACAAUACAGUGGCCGUUAGGCAUUGCAAUUUUUCGUUUAUAGGAAUUCCAAAAUAAACAAGGAAAAAUAAAUUUUUGUUUUUUUUUUUCAUCGAGCAGUUUAUGAUAAAAACCGUCGCGUAGCGAGUUCAGUCAAAAAUACGCACAGGAUCGCGUCCUUACAUACAGAACGCGCUUAUAAUAAAUCAGCAAGUUCGUCGCUAAAGUCUUUUAUUUUGUACGCCGCGUCUACCUAAAUCGAGUGCGCGCAACAGCUAACUGAUUCCACUCAACUUAUUUUGUGCGCAAAUCAAAUCAGUAACACGAGCGCUUGUUGUCAGGCGGCGCAUAGCAACCGAUUGUCAAAAAAUCCACAAAUAAAUAAAAUGUGCGCUGCGCAACAAUGUUUGGUCCUUGCGACCGUCAUCAGCAACUGUCUGUUGCUCAUCUCGGCGGCCAGCAGCAAUUUUCCCGCUGACAUACCGCGCUGCCGCGCAGGCGACACAGACUGCAUAACGCGCACAUCGGCGAGUUUGGUGCAUCAGUAUGCGCGCACCGGCUACCCAUCGGCGGGCUUUCCAAUCAUUGAACCCUUCAUUGUGAAGCGCUUCGACAUUUCGGAUGGCCGCACCGGCUCGCUGAAUUUGAAAUUGAAUUUCCGUGAUGUGCAUGUUGAGGGAUUGUCCGCCGUCAAGUUUGAUCGUUCUGUUGGUUUCGAACGCGAUCCUGCCACAAGCAAAUUUGAAAUGUACGGUUCAUUUCCAAAAAUCGCGCUACGGGGUAAAUAUGUCGCCGACGGACGCAUACUGAUUUUGCCCAUCAAAGGUGAUGGUGACGCCGAUAUUGUGCUACACAACCCCAAAUUCUCCGUAAAAUUCAAGCCAGCACUUCAUCCCAGGGAUGGCAAGACAUACCUUAGCGUGGACAAACUGAAAGUGUUGGUGGAACCAGAGAGAAUGAGUAUCAAGCUGACAAAUCUGUUUAACGGUGAUCCAGCACUCGGUAGCAAUCUGAAUGAGUUUUUGAAUCAAAACUGGAAUGAGGUUUGGACUGAACUGCAACCCUCCGUACACGUGGCCAUUGCUGAGGUGGUGAAGAGUAUAUUGCAGACACUCUUCAAGCGUUUCGCCUACGAUGAUUUAUAUGAGGACUAAAUGAGCACUUAAAGUUAGCAUAUUGACUAUAUAUAUAUGUAUGCAUAAGUAAGUGGGUCUGAAGGAAACCUAAUGCUGUAUUUCACUUUCGGUUUUAUUAUUAAAUGGGUAUUUUAAUUUAUUUACAUAUUAAGUGGUUGUCGAAUUUGAACGUUUUAUAUGUAUGUGGUGUAAUAGAAGAGAGCAACAAUUUUAUCGUGAUAGAAUUGGCUUACGAAAAAUUUUGUUUGUGUGUUGUUCUAUUUGUUAUGAAUUCCUAAUCUUAAAAUAACUUUAAACAAUAUAUCGUGUGAUUUUGGCUUAAAAUUUUAUAAAUUUUUUUAAAACUUUAUACCAACUAUAAAUUCAUAAGUUAAUAAAUAAUUGGAUGAAAACAAAAUUGACAUUUGUUGUUAGCUACUAAUAAUAUAUAUAUGCCUAUAUAUGUCAGCAAGGAUUAUUAGUAAGGACAACCGGAUGUCAUAAUAAACUAUAUAAAUGAAAUCA